CUUUUGUUCUGUUACAUUUUGAAAGAAAAAAUAAGAACAAUUCAAAAUAAAAUGGUUGAUUAUUUGAGAUUGUUGCGAUGCUUCAGCUUCACGGCAUCGCGUGAUUGGUUAUUCCGGCAAUCAUUCGCAAACGCCGGUCUCCGCUCCGUCACCACCAAUCUCUCCCACACCAAUUCCAUCGCGUCGACAACGUCUAUGCAUUGCUGGAUCCCUAAAUCCCCAAACCGAUCCAAACCAAACCUCCUCCUCGUACACGGAUUCGGAGCCAACGCAAUGUGGCAAUACGGCGAACACCUCCGAUCCUUCACCGGCCGUUUCAACGUCUACGUCCCCGAUCUCCUCUUCUUCGGACUCUCCUCCACUUCCGAACCGAACAGGACCGAGUCUUUCCAGGCUCGAUGCCUGAUGAGACUAAUGGAAGCGCACGGAGUCCAUACCAUGAACAUCGUCGGGAUAAGCUACGGUGGAUUCGUCGGGUACAGUUUAGCGGCGCAGUUUCCGGAGAAAGUGGAGAAGCUGGUGCUAUGCUGCGCCGGGGUUUGCCUUGAGGAGAAAGACAUGGAGGAUGGUUUGUUCAAGGUUCCGAAUCUAGAAGAAGCCACUGAGAUCUUGAUUCCUCAGACGCCUGAGAAGCUUAAGGAGCUUAUAAGAUUCUCUUUCGUUAAGCCGAUCAGAGGCGUUCCUUCGUUUUUUCUAUGGGAUUUUAUCGAUGUGAUGUGUACGGAGUUUGUAGAGGAGAAGAGAGAUUUGAUCAAGUCGAUACUUAAAGAUCGGAGACUUUCAGAUCUUCCUAGGAUCAGACAGAAAACUUUGAUCAUAUGGGGAGAAGAAGAUCAAAUAUUUCCACUUGAACUUGGUUACAGAUUGAAAAGAUAUAUUGGAGAGAAUGCAGAGAUGGUGGUGAUUAAAAAGGCAGGACAUGCUGUUAAUUUGGAGAAAUCCAAAGAGUUUCUCAAGCACUUGAAAUCUUUUCUCAUUGACUCUUUGUGAACUAGUUGUUCUGUUUAUCUGGAACUGUACUGUUCCUGGUAUCCGAUUCCUACGAUAAAAAAAAUGAAAAGUGGGCUUCGGUGAGCUGUUAUGAUUUUAGGACACAAUAAGAAAAACAAAUCAACCAAUAACUGGCUGCCUAAAAUUCUUCUUAAUGGGCUGCAUCUUUGAAUAGAUGGGCUUUGAGGAAAAUAAGAUGCCGACAUAUCCGGGUCUAUCCAUAGGUUGCAUUUUUUCUAGAUUAGUUUGGUUUUUCCGUAGUAAUAUCCCAAGUUAGCCAAAAAAAAUUAACAAUACAAAUAAAUUUGAAAUUAUUCGAUUUGGGUUUGGUUUGGAAAGGAGAUAAAUAUGGCUGAAGUGAAACUCCGAUUUUAGUAUAUCCAAACCAAAAUCAUUUUUCUUUGUUUUUACCAUGCUUCAGUUUUAUCUGGCUCCCAUAUCGAGGAUCGUUGAAUUUGCAUAAGAUGUGUAGCUCGAAUUAUACAGGGAAGAUUCCAAAAACGUUGACUCUUAUACAUGACAAGAUAAUUGGGACCAAUCCGUGGAUUGUUUAAGUCAACAUGAGAAGCGGGUCGGUCGGUCGGCGGCAAAAUCAGACCAACGUACCACACACAAGAUUAGUAACUGAUUAAACCCAACUUAUCCUAAGAGGCUAAGAUUAUACAUAUAUACUAAAUGAAUUGUUAAGAAGUUUUCGUUAAAGAACAGGAGAUUUAAACGAUUCUAUUACUUCACGAAUACCAGGUAAAAUUUUCUCUAAAUUUAAUUGUUGCUUAACUACUCUAUUUAGUGGCACUUCUGAAAGACCUUGACAGAUUUAAUAUUGUAACUGUAUACUAACGUUGCAUGUGGAUUAUAUGUCUAUUUACAACGUUGUUCGGCUUAGUCAUCUGUGAUUAAAUUAUGUAGUUAAGUAAAGAGGAGUUACUUUAAUGUGGUACGUACUGGCUGGUUGUGCGGACUAAUAAUUGUUGAAUCUUGUGGGGUUUGAUACAAUUGCCGGCACAUGUUGAAUACAGACGAAUGCUUUUUUUUUUUAUCAAAAAAAAAGACGACUAACCCUUUGCACGAAUACAGACGAAUACUGGUAACGAAUAAUAAUCACAGGACAACAAGAUUCAAUUUAAGACGACUGACCCUUGUUUAUAUAAUUUAUUAUAUAUAAUUUCUUAAUAAUUUGAUUGGACAUAUUACUUCCGCUAGUCUUUUUCAGCAUCGCCUGUAGAUAGAAAUACUCAAUUAUUGUAGCUGUUGAACCAGUGUCGUUCUCACUGAAUAAGAAUGGUGGUCAUUACAAAAUUUGCUCCACGAUGAUUUUUUUUUUUUUUUUUUUGCUAAACUGUAAAUAUCAUAUAGAUGAAUAAAAGAUUUUACAAGAGAUGAUCUUAGUUUUUGAACCCUCUUGGCAAAAAAUAACAAAAAACAAGAUGGAGCACUGAAAAUUAUACCUUACUAGAAACUAUCUCAACCACAUCACCAUGAGGGCCUUGUAGCUCUUUCAAACUCUCCUCGCAGAAAUGAUGUUUCUUAGCUCUUUGUCAAUACCGUAGAACACUUUAGAAGUCGGUAUACUUGACUGAUUAUGCACUAAAUUGUUCCUUUGCUUCCACAGAUGAGAAAUGACAGUCUGCACUCUACGAUGACUUCGAUAUUUUGUUUUCGUUUGUGCUUAUUUUAGCGUUUGCAACUAAGUUAAUGAAACAACCAUUUUUACAGCUUUAAUUGAAAUUAUUUUAUACGUUGUCGCGACAGUCAAAAAACUUUCCUUGCGUCCGGUCUUUUUUCCUCUAUAUCUUUUGUAAGAAAAAUAUAUAUUAUAAGUAACUGAAAUCACAUCUUUAAGAAAAUUAAGCACAAUCUUGCAAAAUUAACAUGUUCCAUGCUUUUAUUUACGUCUCAUAUAUAUAUGCUCCAGCUUUUACAUUCUUUGACCAAAAGAAAAUAAAUUAGGGAAAAAGGAGAAACACAAUGAUCCAAGUGGGCGUGCAUGCAACAUUUGCCCAUAAUAAGACUGUUACGUGUACCCUGAAAGUCAAAAGUUAGGUUAUGGAGGAGAAUAGGUAUCUUAACAUUAUAUUCGACUUCGUUUGCUAACUUUAAUUGACUUCGCCGACAUAUGGUAUAUACAUAUGUAUAUCUCAUAUUAUAUAAUAUGGCCCCUGUAAAAUUCCAUAUCUUCUGUUAAGCAGAUAAAUAAUAUAUAUAUGCAUUGCAUUAAUAAUAAUAACAAAAAGAGUUUAUAUAAAACCAUUAUAAAAAUCGAUUUGAACCUACUUAGUUACUCUUUUGCCUAACAUCAGUUUGUCACCAACUAAGAUGCGCCUUUGCUGUUGUUUUAUUAUAUCGUUUACCCGUCUUCACUGUUUAGUAUUUUGUUAAAAUUUGUUUAUUAAUAAAAAAUAAAUCAUGGUUCUUCUUUGUUUUAAUUGUUUGUAGGUUUGCGAUUGGAGAGCAACUACGAUUUAUGAUUUAGUAGCUUAGGUCAUAUGUAGCUCUCGUUUGAUUAAUUUUGAAGUUAUGUCAUUACUCAUAUAUAUAUGUACCCAUAAAUGAGCUCGUGAAUUAUGUAUUAUUGCUUGUUUCACGUAUAUUUUGUCGCUUUCACAAGAAUUAAAACAUAAAGCGUGUCACAUUUCAUGCCAACUAAGCAUUGCAUGGCUUUGGUAUCAUCACAAUAUCACAUAUUUUAGCCGCCUUAUAAUGGUUUUUAGCCCUACGAAUCACACUGGCAAUUACAUAUACCUAUCCACACGCACGCUCAUCACACCAAAAACACAUUGAUUGUUAUUACUUGAUGACAAACAUUUAGCUUUCAAAUACGUCGAAUCUAAGUUGUAUUGGUUCAUAUCCAUAUCACUCUGUUAGUCUAUUGGAUGUAAAUUAAAUCAAAGACAGACAGUCCAAAAAUAAUGGAAGUUUGGUGUAAGUACUUUAUUAUCAUAACUAAAGUAUUUGAAAAUAAUGAUUUCUCUGAAAGAUAAUGUGGACUAAAUUAGUCUGGCCCGAAAAUUUUAUUAUCAUAAGAAUAUAUCUAAACACGUUGAUAAGAAAAUAAUAUUAUAGUGAAUUGGCUUUUCUUUACAAAAAUAAGCAAUAUUUCGAAUGGUUUUUGGUUCUACAGAGAGUAACCGAGUCUAGUCUGGAAGGGACAACGCAGUUCUUGGUUCGAAUGGUUUUUCAAGCAAUAGUAUACAUAAAAUGGAAGAAAAUAUGGUCAAUCAUCACAUGAGCCGACUCUCCUGAUUGAUUAUGUCGACAAGCACAUACGGAACCGCAUCGAUUCAGUAAGGGCAGAAUUGGGGCUAGACAUCCUCAUGCCACGAGAACAUGGUUUGCUUCACGAUAGAUACUUGGAAGAAGUUUUAGUGGUUGUGAGUUGUUUCCUCAUAAAACCAAUUCCGCAAGUUCUAAAAAAGCAAUAUUUCUAAUAUGUUAGUAAACAAAAACCUAUUUAUCAAAUUGAAAUAAAUUAUUAAAAUUUAGUUCUCUUUAUAAACACUGGCAGAAUUCUGUAGAUACAGUUUUAACCCAGAUAAUUGAGUAGUUACAUAGGUGAAAAAAUAUUAAAAUUUGUUAAGACAAAACAGUAGCUGCAACUAUUUUAAUGCGAAGGCAGAGAGCUAAAGUAAGAGUAAGUUGAGAUUCAUUUACCAAUCUUGUUCCGAUCACCCAAGAGAGUAGUUUCUGAGAUCUGACAGUUUCUGAGAUCUGACAAUGUGACGUUAAAUAUAUUUUCAGGUUUUAAUAAACAUACCUACAUGGCGCUAUUGGCUACAUGAAGGAUCCGCAAGACUCAACUUCCUCGUAUGUCGUGCCUCGACGGUAGUAAAUCCAAUGGUUCUGUUUUACAAUGUGUCUAUUAAAUACUCGACGUUAACGUUAGUAUUAAUACUUAUCAACUUUCUUGGUCUAUAAUUUCGCUUGAUAAUAGUAGUUGUGACUUGGAACAACUGUGCUGCAUAAAUUAUUGAGAUAACAUCAAUCACAUAUAUCGAGUAUAAAUUUUCUUGAAAUAUUUUCUGGUUAGUUUUAGAUUGAUCAAUGAAUUAAGAAAAUUAUGUAUAUAAAAACUUGCAACAUUCUCUAAUUUAGAGAAAUAAGUUGGUAAAAGCUUUAUAAAAAAGGCUAAUGGCGAAAUAUAGAGAGUUUGUAAAAAGAAAAAGAAGAAGCUAACGAAAACAAGAAAAGUGGACCACGCAGAUAUGAGGCAAUAAUUGAUGCAGGAAAGAGCGUGGUUCGUACGCCUUACCUACUAACUAUUCAAACACUUUUGUAUAUUUCCUUACAUACAUCAGAUUAUAUAUUAAUACAUGUUGAUGUUCAACAUUAUACACAAUCCAAUACUGAUGCACGUAUGGAUUGAGGUCCCUACACUUUUACAGAAACAAAUGCUCUCUAGUGUCUUCACCAUUAUGGGUUUCCUCAAAACAAUAGAUUUUGAAAAUAGUUGGAGGCAACUUUUGAAUAGCAUGGGUUGGUGUAGUUAGUGCCUGGUCGGUUUAAUGUUGCAAUUUUAAACUUUUGAAUAGCAUAUGGGUUAGUGUAGUUAGUGUGUAUGGUCGGAGUAAAGUUUAACUCUUGGUCGGUUGAAGAUUUACAAAUUCUAAUAAGAAUACCAACCCUUAUAAUCUUAUAUAAUAAAGUUGAGUUGUCUCUCUCCUUAGGCUAUCCACAUCAUCAACUACAUAGGGGCAAUUCAAGACACGUGUCAUACUAUAAUUCUCAGAUUUCGCUUCCUGUUAGCGUCUUGCAAAGUGGGUUUUCAUGUUUGCAGAGGCCCAAUAGGUAAUUAAGGUAUUGUGAUAGAUUCAGAAUAGGUCCAAAUGCCCCGUAACGCAACUCCUUCUACGUUCCAAUCCGACGAUUCAAAGUUCCCAGCCACCGCAACCUGUUCGUAACCGUCGACGUUAAACUUUGCAAUCACUACAAGCUUUCAACGACUUCUUAAUCAUUCUGCAUAUAAUAUAUAUAUGGACUAGAAGGCAUGAAUCCACGUAUCUCAUCGUUUCUCAGUUUUCUCCUCUCCAAAACUCUCUCUAAGGGCGAGUUUGACUAUGGCGAUUCUUUAACUGAUUCUGUCUGAUUUGAAGGCUGGUCUUGUCAGCAGGCUCCUUUGUUGUUGGGAAGGAAUAAGGUCGAGAGCUUAUUGGAAUUGGAAAGGUAAUUUUUGUCAACUGAAUAUUUUAGAUCUUAAAAUUAUUGGGAAAUGUUGUGUUGUUAAUGGUUCAAACAACUGAAGUUCAAUUUCGUUGCGGAAGUGGGUGUGGAUAAAAGCGAUUUCAAAGAAUUUCUCUACCGAGUAAGAGCUCCGCGGUGAAGUUGGUCGUGUCCAUUUUGGAUACACUUGUGUUGCUAAUUACACUUUCGCAUAUUUAGUGUUUUCAAUGGAUCAAUCCUAGAUUUUAGGAAUUGAUUUAUGGGGGAUGAUGAGUACUUUUAUAUAGAUCUCCCUUGGCUAUAAUUUGGAAGUGCUCUGAUUUUUGAGCAACGUUUUGGGUUUUUGAUUUUUAAAAUCGUAGAAUCCAGUGGUCAAGUUUGUAGGAGUGGUAAACGCGAAAGAAAAAGUUAUAGCAGAAACGAUGCAUCAACUCUCCCUGGAGAUCAAUGGGGUUAAUAAGAAGAAAUUUUAUAAAGCAAAAAUGUGGGUGAGCCAAUGUUGAACUUCAAGGAGUUGCAGGAGUUCAAGCCUGUCGGUAAUGAUGCCCCUACCACUACUACAAACUUGACUGAAAAUAAGGUAUGACAACAAACUACUGUAUAUAGAUUAAUAGAAAACUUUGAUCAUGAAAAUUUGUUCUUUUAGGACAGAUGAGCAUGAAUCUAGAUGGAGAACUUCCAUGAGAUGAUCCACUACAUUACUUUGCUGUUCAUGCUGUCAAGAGCAUCCAAAACAGAUCUAACUCUUUGCUACUUUAUGAACUUCAAUAGGGUGUGCAUGCAACCUUGAGGUAUGCCUACAUGAACAAAUUAACGAUUCUGAAUUGCAAGAAUGUAUGGUAGAUUUGGCUGUCCUGUACCAAACAUAUUUUUGCAGUCUUUUCCCGCUUCAGGUUUGAGUAAACUUUCUGAGUAGUUUCAUAUUUUGUUCCAACAGACCGAUUUGAGGUUUAUGGAGCUUCGUAGAUGACAUCAGGACUGUCGUGUAUACAUGCUUUGGAGAUGUGUGCUUUUUGAGCUGUGAAACAUGACUACUAUAUAGUGGAGUUAUACGGGCAUGAGAUAUCUUUCAAAUGGAAAACCUCAGAAAAUGGAAACGUACAUCAACACAUAUUUCAAUCCGCUAUCCUAAUGGAGUUUAUAGAAGGAUGAUCUUCUUCUUUUUUUUGAUCAAUAGAAUGAGGAUCUCUAAAGGUAUCUUCUUUCUUUGAAAUUUUAAGUCUAUAUAUAUAAGCCCCUCCAACUUUAUCGUAGGAAAAAGUGAUGAAUAUGAUUAGGAAAAUAUGAUUAGGUGAGAUCAACACGGGAACCAUGUGUUUGAUUUGAUCAAAAGGUAAACAGUGUGUUACAUCAGGUAAAGAAUAAGAUUACUGGGUUCGGUGGAGAUAGUUGGAAUUAUCCAAAUUUGUAACUUUCGGUGACGAACAGACAAGUGGUGACUAAGCUAAUGGUUUGUGUUUCCUUUACGUACUUGGAACAUCCAAUAUAACCUGUUGUUUCCAUCGUAUAGAUUAGUUAGCUAGCAAAGGACUCUAAACUGAUGCGUUUUGGAAUAUAUGAUGUUUUUGGUCGACAUAUAUUUCUGACUUUACAAAUCAAACACAAGAAACACACGUUAAUCGUCCGAAUCAGACCCACAAUGUCCAGGAAUAUUUUAAAAAUGGUUACUUAAUUAUCUACUAAAUUCAUAACAAUAUGAAUUCAAUCGGAUUUUCGUUUCCAUGUUCAAUCUCGAUUAGCAACACUUACAAACCACCAUCAAAAUGUGAAGGGCAUUGGGUUUUGAAAUUAGGAUUUAAAAUUUUAUAAAAUAAAAAAUAAAUAUUAAAAAUUAAAAAAAAAAAUUUAAAAAAAAUUUAAAAAAAAUUUCGAAAAAAAAAAUUUCAAAAAAAAAACUAUAAAAAAUUUCGAAUCUGAAACUGAAACUAUAAAAAAAUUCUUUUUUUUUUACUUUUUUUUUGUUUUUUAUUUGAUUUGUUUUUAUUUAUUUUUGUUUGUUUAUUUAAUUUUACACCAAGGGUAUUAGGGAUAUUUUAUCCUUUAAUGAAUGUCAUUUUUGUGACUUUCUCUUUCUAAUGCCAUUUUUGUGACAAAAACUCAAAAUGUACUAUUAUUGACAAUUGCCCAUUUUAAAACUCUUACUUCUUAGUUAACAAACAAGAAAGAACAUGAUUUCUAAAAACCAAAAUGGAGCCAUCAAAUUUAUUAGAACGAGAACCUAUCUUCUGAUUUCUUGAUGAUCAAGCAAAUAAAUUGUCUAUCAAACUGACUCGGCCAUUUCAAACACAUUGAAAAGUAACAUAAUCCAUUUGGUAAGAAAUUAUACAUCAAUUGUCAUUUAAGCGAAAUGCAUAACGUCCACAAAGAAACCGUUUCAUCCUAAACGGAUCUCCUAUAAAAAUGUCUGGUUUAUCAACAUAUUGGUUGAGUUGAUUGGAAGUCAGCCUUACUGCUCAACUUAAAGAAGAGACAAACAAAUAUUACGCAACUUACUGAUAUAAGGCAGAUUUCAUUACACAAAUACGAAAUAUGAUCAACCAUUAAUCUAAAACAUUACACCAAAAAUUACUAAUUACAACAACAAAUGUGACAAAAAAAAUAUGUUGGUAGACAAGAAAAAAUGAAUUGAAACAAAAAAAAAAAGUUACACGAAAAUCAAGGUCCGGAAACAUAGUAAACCAACAAAAUAACAUCCACCUCCAAAUGGAUAAUAAGCCAAACUUAUCCCAAAUAAAUAAAUUUUUUUCGUGCCCUAUCACUCCUUCAUCAGUCAUCCCAAACGCCUACAAUCUAAGCUCCAAAUCCACAUGCAAUUAGCUUCUACAUUAAGAAAAAUUAAAACAAUUACCAUUAACCAGUAUACAAUAGCAAUAAUUGGAGCAAACUAAAGAAAAUUUAAAAGAUAUAAAUGCUUACCCUUCUUCGCCACAUGCUAUCCGUCUUCUUCAUUACACAUUUAAAUAGCACGAAAAACUAUCAUAUUCUCCUCGGCAUAAAACUAUAGAAGUACACAUCUAUUGACCUAAAAUAAACCUAUAGUUAUCACAUUAUAAUAAAUUUACAGUUCAAAAAUCAGCAACAAAACAAAUGAGGACCAACGUUGGGAAUUUAGAAACAGAAACCUCUCCUUUCUACUAAGAUGAUUUUGAAAAUAUUACUACAUUAAUUGUAUAAUGUGACAUUUCCUAAAACAAAUUAUUAAUUUACUAUUUAGUAGAAACAAUUAUAUAUCCUAAUGAACAAUCAAAAGAAAAAAAAAAUACCCAACAACUAGAAAAUAUAAAAACAUAAUAUAUGUUU